GAAGAAGAGGAGAGAGAAGCGUUCUUUCCUUGAUCAUACGUUGUUUAUAAAGAAAAUCAUGGCGACGAAAGGAAAUCUUGCACGUCAUCUAUGGCUAUGGAUCUCUGUGUAUUUCAUGCUCCAUGUUAAUGUCCACCAUGGAACCUGUUUUUACCUUCCUGGUGUUGCACCAGAGGAUUUCCAUAAGGGUGACAUUUUGAGGGUUAAAGUGAACAAAUUGACUUCUACAAAAACGCAACUUCCAUACUCCUAUUAUUCACUGCCUUAUUGUCGUCCAAAUCAAAUUGUUGAUAGUGCUGAGAAUCUUGGGGAAGUUCUUCGCGGUGACCGCAUCGAAAACUCUCCCUAUGAGUUUAAAAUGCGAGAGCCGCAGAUGUGCACUAUUGUUUGCCGUCUGACUCUUAAUGCAAAAACAGCCGCAGAGUUCAAGGAAAAGAUAGAUGAUGAAUAUCGUGUGAACAUGAUUUUGGACAAUCUACCUUUAGUAGUUCCUCUACGAAGGCCUGAUCAGGAGUCUUCCUUAGUUUAUCUGCAUGGCUUCCUCAUCGGUCUCAAAGGACAGUAUGCUGGAACCAAAGACGAAAAGCACUUUAUCCAUAACCACUUAACCUUUGUGGUUAAGUAUCACAGAGAUCCAGUGACAGAGAUGUCAAGAAUCGUAGGCUUUGAGGUUAAACCUUUCAGUGUGAGGCAUGAAUACGAAGGUAAUUUUGAUGAGAACACCCGCUUAACAACGUGCGAUCCGCAUGCAAGAAAGUUAGUUUCUGGAUCUGAAGAUCCUCAAGUGGUUGAAGAAAACAAGGAAAUAAUCUUUACUUAUGAUGUUGAGUUCCAGGAAAGCGACGUGAAAUGGGCGUCUCGCUGGGAUUCGUAUCUUCUGAUGGCAGACGAACAAAUUCACUGGUUUUCGAUCAUUAAUUCUUUAAUGAUUGUACUUUUCCUUUCCGGAAUGGUGGCAAUGAUAAUGUUGAGGACGCUUUACCGCGAUAUCUCCAAGUACAAUCAAUUAGAGACACAGGAAGAAGCUCAAGAAGAGACAGGGUGGAAGCUAGUCCACGGAGAUGUUUUCAGGCCUCCAUCAAACUCAGACUUGUUGUGUGUGUAUGUGGGAACAGGUGUUCAGUUUUUCGGAAUGAUUCUUGUCACAAUGAUAUUUGCCGCACUUGGAUUUCUUUCGCCGUCAAACAGAGGUGGUUUGAUGACAGCAAUGCUAUUGCUCUGGGCCCUUAUGGGGCUCUGUGGCGGAUACUCGUCGGCGCGGCUUUAUAAGUUGUUCAAGGGAACGGAAUGGAAAAGCAUAACUCUCAAGACGGCCUUCAUGUUCCCAGGCAUCGCCUUCGCAAUAUUCUUUGUGCUAAAUGCUUUAAUUUGGGGUCAGAAGUCGUCCGGGGCAGUUCCAUUUGGAACAAUGUUUGCUCUCGUCUUCUUAUGGUUCGGCAUCUCGGUACCACUGGUAAUAGUGGGUGGUCACAUCGGCUACAAGAAGACAGUGAUUGAGGACCCCGUAAAGACCAACAAGAUAGCGAGGCAGAUACCGGAACAAGCCUGGUACAUGAACCCUGCCUUCUCUAUCCUAAUUGGAGGCAUACUACCAUUUGGUGCAGUCUUCAUUGAGCUUUUCUUUAUCCUCACUUCUAUCUGGCUACAUCAAUUUUACUAUCUUUUUGGCUUCUUGUUCAUCGUCUUUGUCAUCCUCAUCAUCACCUGUGCUGAGAUCACAAUAGUUCUUUGCUACUUCCAGCUAUGCAGUGAGGACUACCUCUGGUGGUGGAGGUCAUAUCUCACUUCUGGUUCCUCCGCACUCUACCUUUUCCUAUAUGCUGCAUUUUAUUUCUUCACAAAACUUGAGAUCACUAAACCGGUAUCUGGAGUCCUUUACUUCGGUUACAUGCUGCUUCUUUCCUAUGCUUUCUUCGUUGUCACCGGUACAAUCGGUUUCUAUGCAUGCUUCUGGUUCGUAAGGCUAAUCUACUCCUCUGUGAAAAUUGACUGAUCAAUAAGCAAACUAGUGGAUGGCUUAAUCGUUAAAUGGAACUGGGAAUUGUGGGCAUCCUUCACUUGUCCUUUGGCUCCAG